AUUAAAUGAGCCUCAUUUAGUAUUUCAGUUCAGUCCAAGAACACACUCCGGUCUCUUCCGUGCCACGUCUCUCGCAGACCUCCCGCUGUCUUACUCCUCUGGACUACGUUAACCGUCUCAAUGGCAGCUGAAGCUACGUUUGGAAAUAUUUUGCAUCUUUCUUAAUGGAAUUAAAGAGGGCGCACGGUAAAUUUCGGUACCAGUUGAAGCUUUUAGUUUCCGCGGGGGAUAUGUCGAUCGGGUUAUACUGUGCGUGAGCAAUGGGAUUAAGGCGAUCGAAUAAAGUUGGGUUUGUCGAGACCGAUUCUGCGAUUUGGAUCCACGGAAUGUUGAAAUAAAGGGAGUCCCACGGCUAUUGAAGGCGAGCGUAUUUGGAAUUGUACACGGAGAGGAAAUGCACGGAGCCUGGGUUCUCCUCAUACUCCUUGAAGAAGGGUUUGCCCUGGCACAGAAGACUAAAGAGCUGCAGAAUGUGGGUGAGACGGCGAAAAAUAACGACGGGCAGUGUGGUACCUGGAUACGGAACGCAAAUGGAGGCCUCUUCACCUCCCCCAACUACCCCAGCACCUACCCGCCAAACAGGGAAUGUGUUUACAUCCUGGAAGCCCUCCCCCGUCAGAGGAUCCAGCUGGCCUUCGACAAGACCUACUACAUUGAGCCCUCCUUCGAAUGCCGCUUCGACCACAUCGAGAUUCGGGACGGGCCCUUCGGGUUCUCGCCCCUCAUCGACCGCUUCUGCGGGCCCAAGAGCCCGGGCGUGGUCACCUCCACCGGCCGCUUCAUGUGGAUCAAGUUCAUCAGCGACGAGGAGCUGGAGGGCCUCGGGUUCCGGGUCAAAUAUGCCUUCAUCGCAGACCCAGAUUUUCAUCUUCACGUGGGAGGACUUUUAAAUCCGAUUCCAGAUUGUCAGUUCGAGGUUGGUGGCUCUGACGGAAUCAUUCGCUCCAGCCAAGUGGAGGAGGAGGACAAGAUCAAACCGGGCGACGCUGUGGACUGCAUCUGGACGGUCCGCGCCCCGCCCAAAUCCAAGAUCUACCUCCGCUUCAUGGAGUACCAGAUGGAGCACUCCAACGAGUGCAAGAAGAACUUCGUGGCGGUCUACGACGGCAGCAGCGCCAUCGAGAACCUGAAGGCCAAGUUCUGCAGCACCGUGGCCAACGACGUCAUGCUGGACAACGGGGUGGGCGUGGUCCGCAUGUGGGCGGACGAGAACAGCCGCCUCAGCCGCUUCCGGAUGCUCUUCACCUCAUUCGUCGACCCUCCCUGUACAGGGAACACUUUCUUCUGCCACAGCAACAUGUGCAUCAACAACUCUCUGGUCUGCAACGGUGUACAGAACUGUGUGUACCCCUGGGAUGAGAACCACUGCAAGGAGAAGAAGUCCAGGGGGUUCUUCCACCAGAUCACCAAGACCCACGGCACAGUCAUCGGCGUGUCCACCGGCGUGGUCCUGGUGCUGCUCAUCAUCUCCAUCCUGGUCCAGAUGAAGCAGCCGCGCAAGAAGGUGGUGGCCCGCCGGCCCGCCUUCAACAAGGCCGGCUUCCAGGAGGUCUUCGACCCGCCGCACUACGAGCUCUUCUCCCUGCGCGACAAGGAGCUCUCCUCGGACCUGGCCGAGCUCUCGGAGGAGCUGGAGAGCUACCACAAGCUCCGGCGCUCGUCCACCGCCUCCCGCUGCGUCCACGAGCACCACUGCGGCUCGCAGGGCUCCAGCAUCAAGCAGAGCCGCACCACGCUCAGCUCCAUGGAGCUGCCCUACCGCAACGACUUCUCCCAGCCGCCGCCCAUGAAGACCUUCAACAGCACCUACAAGAAGAGCUGCUACGGCUACAAGCAGGCGGCGCACGACUGCGCCGAGCAGGUGAUCGAGGACCGCGUCAUGGAGGAGGUGCCCUGCGAGAUCUACGUGCGUGGGGCGGGCCUCGGCCACCGCAACAACAGCGACGCCGCCCAGCCCCGCUCCAUGUCCAUGGACUUCUGAGGAAGAGGGGGGGAGGGAGAGGGGGGGAUCCGACCACCCCACCCCUUUAUUUCUCUGAGCCUUCCCAUUUUUCGGUCGGACGGGACGACCUUCCCACAUGCUGGACUGGCCUACUUUGUGAGCCUAAAAUCGCAUAAACUGCGCUGCUGGCAAGCAGCGGCACUGACAUUUUUUGCACCUUUUCGUUGGUUUUGCCGGAACACUACUCUUUCACAAUGCGAUUCUGCGGACUGUGAUUUAUUUGUACACAUUAUUUCUUCUCUCUUCUAUUAUUAAAAAGAUGUCUCGUUGCUGCUUGGCUUUUACUUCAUGACUCUUAUGUCAGACAAUUUGACAAGGACCCUAAAUAAGGUUGUUAAUGGGCAUCAGUUCACAGUAGGUGCUGCACAGACCCACUGAUCUGUCUGUCAACUGGAUGGGCUGAUUGCAGGUACGGAUGAUUUAAUGAACCCAUCCACCCUAUUUAGAGAUGAGUGUAUCCGUGCAGCUCAUGCUCUAAACUGAUGGCGGCGAGCAAGCAGAGCAUCUGUGAUGAUGAUAGCGUAAAUGAAAUGUCUGUCAAAGUGAAUGCAUGUGUGAGGAGCCCUGCAGCUGGCCUCAAAUUUGGGGAAAGAACGCUGACUAACGAGGCCCGCUGCACAUCACCGACAGACACCAUCUCAGCCUUCUGGUUUGCAUUUGGUUGUUGGUUUUUGUUUCGAUUAAAAAAAAAAGAAGAAAAUCUCCUACCGCGUUGACCUGUGUGUGUCUGUGAGUUCAUUAAUGUCACCGCAGCUGCGGCACUGUGGUUCUGUAGUCGGAUAGACAUUGCUCAGUACAUUAUCUGAAAAUCCAGUUCCUCACAACGUUGUAAUACAUUAAUCUGGGUUUUAGUAUGCACGGACAAUUGUAAAUGGGAUAACUCUGACAGAUGUUAGUACACAUUAAAGUAAAAAGUGAAAUUAAAUAGAAUAUGACCUAAAUGUAUGCCGAAUGUCA